AUGUCAAACAUCGAGAGGCCUUACUACCAACUCCGGGAGAUUGACGAUAACUCCUGGCUCCUCGCAGGGAAGAUCGUAAUCUCCCGACAAAGCGCGCGCGCCUCAGAUCGCCCAUGUUGGGAGACCUCGCAGGGCGACUUCUUCACAAUCUCCGAAUGCGCAACUCCGGCGCCACAAACACGUGCGUCUACCUUUGUAGGUAACAAGUUGUUUGGACAAGUCCCACAUCCAAAUGAUCCAUCAACCCUUGGCAUCUGGGCCAUGGGUGAUGCCUGGAUACAGUUGGAGAGGGCACCUUCGGCCUGGAUUUCAAAUGAGUACCAUGCCUUGAAACAUGGGGGCGCCAUGUGCUCAGCGACAGGGGGGUCAGCGUGA